AUGGAGAUCCCCAAAGUGCUCGGGCUCCUGGUAGAGCUCGCAAGUCUGUUAUCUUGUCUCAGAUGUGUGGAGGCUUUCCUGGGAUCCCAGCCCAACCAAAACCAUUUGCAGAGUGCAGCGUCCAGCGUCUGCGGUGUCGGAGCUCUUGGGUAUUACAACGGCUCACUGGCGGUCACCGAGGCUGGGGCAGAGUGCCUCAGCUGGGCAGAGUUCCCCGAUUAUGUCCAGCAGUACCCAGACCGCGGCUUGGGGGACCACAACCACUGCAGGAACCCAGAUGGGGGAACUACACCCUGGUGCUUCUACCGGCUUGCGUCAGGGGCCAUUGGCUGGGCUAACUGUGACUGUAACCAAGGUGCUGUGCGGUUGGCUGAAGACAGUAGUGUGGAGCUGUACUUCAGUGGACUCUGGGGCACCAUCUGUGCUGACCACUGGACUGACUGGGAUGCCAGCGUUGUCUGCAGGCAACUGGGUCUCAGUGAGAUCGGCACAGCUGGGAAGAAGAGCCAUCCCGCACUGUGGCCUGUUCCCCUGCACCUGCAGUCAGCAAACUGCCACGGGGAUGAGAAAACCCUGCUGCAGUGUGCCUAUCGGGAAGCUGUGUCAGGAGCUUGUAAGCAGGGGAGUGCCAUGGUAACCUGUGUCCCUCCAGAAGGUGUAGGUGCCCCGCUGCGUUUAGUUGGGGGAAAGGAGAGCUUUGAAGGCCGAGUGGAGGUCUACCAUGAUGGCAAGUGGGGUACCAUCUGUGAUGACCAGUGGGACGACCGGGAUGCUGAAGUAGUCUGUAGGCAGCUGGGACUCAGUGGGAACCCAAAGGCCUUGUCGUGGGCUCACUAUGGGCAGGGAUCUGGCCCAAUCCUGCUGGAUGAAGUGGAGUGCUCAGGCAAUGAACUCUCACUUGACCAGUGCAAGAAGAGUGACUGGGGACAGCAAAACUGUGACCACAUUGAAGAUGCUGGGGUCUCCUGUGACCCUUUUACAGAGGGCACUGUCAGGCUGGCUGGGGGCCGCAGCCCCAGCGAAGGCAGGGUAGAAGUUUAUUACAACGGAGACUGGGGCACAGUAUGUGAUGAUGGCUGGACAGACCUUGGUGCCCAGGUGGUCUGCAGGCAGCUGGGCUUCAGUGGUCCAGCUAUUCUGGCCUCUGAAGGGGACUAUGCUGCUGGCCAAGGCUUUAUCUUACUGGAUGAUGUGGCUUGUGUGGGAACAGAACUGUCCCUCCUGGACUGUCCCCACAGCAACUGGGGACAGCAUGACUGCUCACACGCUGAGGAUGUGGGAGUCCGCUGCUCCCCGGAGAGCAACACAGUCAUGGAUGGCAGCCUGGGGCCUCCUGUGCGGCUGGUGGAUGGAGAAAGCACCAAGGAGGGACGAGUUGAGGUAUUCCUGAAUGGGCAGUGGGGCAGCGUCUGUGAUGAUGGCUGGACAGACAGAGAUGCUGCGGUGGUUUGCAGGCAACUGGGAUUCAGUGGUACAGCAAAAGCCAGGGCAAUGGCUUAUUUUGGUGAAGGCCAUGGGCCCAUCCAUCUGGACAACGUAGAAUGCAGUGGCACGGAGAACACCCUGGGGCAAUGUGUCAGGCCUGACAUCGGGAUUCACAGCUGCUGGCACAGUGAGGAUGCUGGUGUGAUCUGUGACUAUGUGGAAGAGAAAGUCCAAGAUAUCAGGAGAACAGGUCCAGAAUCUGGUGUGUGUGGGAUGCGCCUGCUUCAUCGUCGCAAGAAAAGGAUCAUAGGUGGAAACAAGUCUCUCAGAGGCGGAUGGCCGUGGCAGGCCUCACUACGGUUGAAGGGUUUUCAUCAAGAUACUCGUCUGCUGUGCGGAGCAACACUGAUCAGCAGCUGCUGGGUAGUGACUGCAGCCCACUGCUUCAAAAGGUUUGGUGUUGAUGUGCGGCGCUACCUGCUGCGGGUGGGUGAUUACCACACAGGCGUGAAGGAUGAGUUUGAGAGGGAGCUGCCUGUGGAGCGGAUUGUCCUCCACAGGAACUACUGGGCCGGCAGCAACGAUAAUGACAUUGCCCUGGUCCGGAUGCGGGGCAGAGAGGGGCACUGCCUCUCCUUCAAUCACCACGUUCUGCCUGUCUGCCUGCCUGACAGGAAAGAGAAGUCUGACAUCAACAGGCAAGCCUGCAUCAUCUCCGGCUGGGGAGACACAGGGAAGUCCUAUUCGAGAACCCUGCUGCAGGGGGUGGUGCCUCUUCUCCCACGGGAAGACUGUGAGGUCCGUUACGGGCAGAAGUUCACUAACCGCAUGAUUUGUGCUGGGAACCUCUCUGAAGAUAAGCGGGUGGACAGCUGCCAAGGUGACAGUGGAGGGCCACUCAUGUGUCAGAGGUCCAACGGACGCUGGAUCAUUUUGGGGAUCACUUCCUGGGGUUACGGCUGUGGUCGGAAGGAUUCCCCCGGUGUGUACACAAAGGUCAGCAAAUACGUACCCUGGAUCAAGAAAGUGACCAAGCUAAAAUGAAAAUGUCUGAGCUCUAGGAACUUCAACGUAUGGUCCUUUUGCUAUAUGGCAGCAGAAGGCUGUAGCUUCUGGCCUGUGACUGAUGGAGGUUUAUUUUGUCAUUGGACACUGUGGAAAGACUUUAGUGUAAAACUGGGAGAAAACCAGUUAUGGCUGAUUCUUUAAAGUCUUUGGUUUCACUUUAGUCCAUAAUCUCUGAGCAGAGAAAGCAGGUGCACACUGGUA